GGGCCCCACACCCGGCGCGUGCGGUGAGGACGGCAGAAGAGGCAGGAGCCGCCCCGACCAUGUAGAUGGCAGCCCUGGCCAGCAGCAUGCGCCCCGCUGAAUGGAGAAGCCCGGAUCUGCGGCCCUAAGCCCCUCAGGCCCCUGGACGCCGCCCUCCCGCCGGGGACCCCGCCGGCUGCCCACCGCCAUCGCCGCCCCGUGAGGGCGCCGCCCCGCGAAGCCGUCACCCCGAAGCCGCCCGCCCCGAGCCGGGGCCUUCGCAGACAUGGGGGAUCUGACCAACAGUGACUUUUACUCCAAAAACCAAAGAACCGACUCGAGCCAUGGGGGUGAACUGGGGUGCACGCUGGAGGAGCUGCGCUCCCUCAUGGAGCUGCGGGGCACCGAGGCCGUGGUCAAGAUCAAGGAGACGUACGGGGACACGGAAGCCAUCUGCCGGCGCCUCAAAACCUCGCCUAUCGAAGGUCUACCGGGCACCGCGCCAGACCUGGAAAAGAGGAAGCAGAUCUUUGGGCAAAACUUUAUACCUCCGAAGAAGCCAAAAACUUUCCUGCAGCUCGUGUGGGAGGCGCUGCAGGACGUGACGCUCAUCAUCCUGGAGAUCGCGGCCAUCAUCUCCCUCGGCCUGUCCUUCUACCACCCGCCCGGAGAGAGCAACGAAGGGUGUGCGACGGCCCAGGCCGGGGCGGAGGAUGAAGGGGAGGCCGAAGCAGGCUGGAUCGAGGGUGCCGCCAUCCUGCUCUCUGUCAUCUGCGUGGUCCUGGUCACCGCCUUCAAUGACUGGAGCAAGGAGAAGCAGUUCCGAGGUCUGCAGAGCCGCAUUGAACAGGAGCAGAAGUUCACUGUGGUCCGGGCAGGCCAAGUGGUCCAGAUCCCCGUGGCGGAGAUCGUGGUUGGGGACAUCGCCCAGAUCAAAUAUGGCGACCUCCUCCCCGCCGACGGCCUCUUCAUCCAGGGCAACGACCUCAAGAUCGAUGAGAGCUCCCUGACCGGGGAGUCCGACCAGGUGCGCAAGUCUGUGGACAAGGACCCCAUGCUACUGUCAGGGACCCACGUGAUGGAGGGCUCCGGGCGGAUGGUGGUGACUGCCGUCGGGGUGAACUCUCAGACCGGCAUCAUCUUCACUCUGCUGGGGGCCGGCGGAGAAGAGGAAGAGAAGAAAGACAAAAAAGGUGUGAAGAAGGGGGAUGGCCUUCAGCUACCAGCGGCAGACGGGGCAGCAGCUGCCGAUGCUGCUGAUGGCGCAAACGCCAGCCUAGUCAAUGGUAAAAUGCAGGAUGGCAAUGUGGACGGCAACCAGAGCAAAGCCAAGCAGCAGGACGGGGCGGCCGCCAUGGAGAUGCAGCCCCUGAAGAGCGCCGAGGGCGGCGACGCGGACGACAAGAAGAAGGCCAACAUGCACAAGAAGGAGAAGUCCGUGCUGCAGGGCAAGCUCACCAAGCUGGCGGUGCAGAUCGGCAAGGCAGGCCUGGUGAUGUCAGCCAUCACGGUCAUCAUCCUGGUCCUCUACUUCACCGUGGACACCUUUGUGGUCAACAAGAAGCCGUGGCUGCCCGAGUGCACGCCCGUGUACGUGCAGUACUUCGUCAAGUUCUUCAUCAUCGGCGUGACCGUGCUGGUGGUGGCCGUGCCCGAGGGCCUCCCGCUGGCCGUCACCAUCUCGCUGGCCUACUCGGUGAAGAAAAUGAUGAAGGACAACAACCUGGUGCGGCACCUGGAUGCCUGCGAGACCAUGGGCAACGCGACCGCCAUCUGCUCGGACAAGACGGGCACGCUCACCACCAACCGCAUGACGGUGGUGCAGGCCUACGUGGGCGACGUCCAUUACAAGGAGAUCCCGGAGCCCGGCGCCAUCAACGCCAAGACCCUGGAGCUGCUGGUCAACGCCAUAGCCAUCAACAGCGCCUACACCACCAAGAUCUUGCCCCCAGAGAAGGAGGGCGCCCUGCCCCGGCAGGUGGGCAACAAGACGGAGUGCGGCCUGCUGGGCUUCGUGCUGGACCUGAAGCAGGACUACGAGCCCGUGCGCAGCCAGAUGCCGGAGGAGAAGCUGUACAAGGUGUACACGUUCAACUCCGUGCGCAAGUCCAUGAGCACCGUCAUCAAGAUGCCCGACGACAGCUUCCGCAUGUACAGCAAGGGCGCCUCCGAGAUCGUGCUGAAGAAGUGCUGCAAAAUCCUCAGCGGGGCGGGCGAAUCCCGAGUCUUCCGGCCCCGGGACCGGGACGAGAUGGUGAAGAAGGUGAUCGAGCCCAUGGCCUGCGACGGGCUCCGGACCAUCUGCGUGGCCUACCGCGACUUCCCCAGCAGCCCGGAGCCCGACUGGGACAACGAGAAUGACAUUCUCAGCGACCUCACCUGCAUCUGUGUGGUGGGCAUCGAGGACCCCGUGCGGCCCGAGGUCCCCGAAGCCAUCCGCAAGUGCCAGAGAGCAGGCAUCACCGUCCGCAUGGUCACCGGCGACAACAUCAACACGGCGCGGGCCAUCGCCAUCAAGUGCGGCAUCAUCCACCCCGGGGAGGACUUCCUGUGCCUGGAGGGCAAGGAGUUCAACAGGAGGAUCCGGAAUGAGAAGGGGGAGGUUGAGCAGGAGCGAAUCGACAAGAUCUGGCCGAAGCUGAGGGUGCUGGCUCGCUCCUCCCCCACGGAUAAGCACACCUUGGUCAAAGGCAUCAUCGACAGCACACACACGGAGCAGAGGCAGGUGGUGGCCGUGACCGGGGACGGGACCAACGACGGGCCCGCGCUCAAGAAGGCGGACGUGGGCUUCGCCAUGGGCAUCGCGGGCACCGACGUGGCCAAGGAGGCGUCCGACAUCAUCCUGACGGACGACAACUUCAGCAGCAUCGUGAAGGCCGUCAUGUGGGGCCGCAACGUCUACGACAGCAUCUCCAAGUUCUUGCAGUUCCAGCUCACCGUCAACGUGGUGGCCGUCAUCGUGGCCUUCACGGGCGCCUGCAUCACGCAGGACUCCCCCCUGAAGGCUGUGCAGAUGCUCUGGGUGAACCUCAUCAUGGACACGUUUGCCUCCCUGGCACUGGCCACGGAGCCGCCCACCGAGACCCUGCUUCUCAGGAAGCCAUACGGCCGCAACAAGCCGCUCAUCUCGCGGACCAUGAUGAAGAACAUUCUGGGCCACGCCGUGUACCAGCUCACCCUCAUCUUCACCCUGCUCUUCGUGGGCGAGAAGAUGUUCCAGAUUGACAGCGGGCGGAACGCGCCCUUGCACUCCCCGCCCUCCGAGCACUACACCAUCAUCUUCAACACCUUCGUCAUGAUGCAGCUCUUCAACGAGAUCAACGCCCGCAAGAUCCACGGCGAGCGCAACGUCUUCGACGGCAUCUUCCGGAACCCCAUCUUCUGCACCAUCGUGCUGGGCACCUUUGCCAUUCAGAUCGUGAUCGUGCAGUUUGGGGGGAAGCCGUUCAGCUGCUCCCCGUUGCAGCUGGACCAGUGGAUGUGGUGUAUAUUCAUUGGCUUAGGAGAGCUGGUCUGGGGCCAGGUCAUCGCCACCAUCCCCACGAGCAGGCUCACGUUCCUGAAGGAGGCGGGCCGGCUCACGCAGAAGGAGGAGACCCCCGAGGAGGAGCUCAACGAGGACGUGGAGGAGAUCGACCACGCGGAGCGGGAGCUGCGGCGGGGCCAGAUCCUGUGGUUCCGGGGCCUGAACCGCAUCCAGACGCAGAUCCGCGUGGUGAAGGCGUUCCGUAGCUCUCUCUAUGAAGGGUUAGAAAAGCCUGAGUCUCGAACCUCCAUCCAUAACUUCAUGGCUCAUCCUGAAUUCCGGAUCGAAGACCCCCAGCCCCACAUCCCCCUCAUCGACGACACGGACCUGGAAGAAGACGGGGCCCUCAAGCAGAACUCGAGCCCGCCGUCCUCGCUCAACAAGAACAACAGCGCCAUCGACAGCGGGAUCAACCUGACCACCGACACGAGCAAAUCAGCUACCUCUUCAAGUCCAGGGAGCCCUAUCCACAGCCUGGAGACUUCGCUUUAGCCGAGCCCCCCUCCCCGGGCCUGCCCUCCAGGACCGCCCGCCGCCCGCCUCCCGGGCAGCAGUGCCCCCCCGCGGGCCCCUCACCACGCAGCA